AUGGAUGAUGAAGAAGACGACGAAAUUGUCACAGUCCCACUCUCCUAUUGUCAUUCGUCACUUUUAAGGGAACACCAAUAUCCUUUGAUCCGCGGAUUUUACGCCGACGAUCAAAUUUCUGUAAAUGGGACCAAUUUCACCACAGUUAAGCAUAAGGGUCCCUUAAAUGAAACGCACUUAGAUCAGUUUAAGUUGAAUCGAUUUGCGAAUGGAUUGUGCAUAAAAUUGGGAUGUGUUGCGUACGAGUCAGACAAAACCGAUGAUCAUGUUUCAAACUACGUGACGACCCAUUUUCAUUUCUUCGACAAAAUCCAAUAUUAUUUGAAGCACUAUGGAAAUGUGAUCAAUCGCGCCCAAGGCGUUUACAGUGACACCGCGUUGAAUUUUUUCAUUCGCGUUAUCACAAAUACCCGCCGAUUAAAUUUGAGAAACAGUGUCGAACGUUUUUUGUAUUCCGAUUUGUCGGCUGAAGCUGAAGCGGCGAACCUUCGCUGGAACAUUGGAGAGCGAAAAGUGACGCUUGAAAAUACGGGAGUUGUGAAUAUUUUAGUCUUCGUGUUUGAUCGUUUUUUAUUUGCAGGAUUAGAAAUUUUAAAAUUCCUCGAUUUUCAUCCGUAUUAUCUUGAAACGCGUUUGGUCGACUGCACCACAGUGCCACUGGUGCUCUACGCGAGAAUUUCGUCGACAAUGAUUGUCGUCGAUUUGGAGCCAUUGUGCGGAGAGUUUCUUCUUGAAGUCGCCGCCACUCGGCAGUGUAAAUGCUAUGGAAUUAUGAGCUCACGACUGGAGAAACAAGCUGCAUUAGAAAAUCAAAAGGAAUUUAUGAAAAAUUGCGGAAGCUUUCCGGCUGUCGAUUUUUUAGUGGGACCAAUUGAACAGGAGCAUAUCCUCGCACAAGCCGAUCGUGUCCUUAUUAGGAUCAUUUCGGACCAUCACUCCGAUCCGGACCUUCUUGAUCAAAGAUUCAAGCGAUUUUUCAAUGUUCUAGCUAUCUGCAAACCUGGAACAAUUGCUCUGAUAAUAAUAGAAAAUCAUUUUAAAUUGGAUCAGUCUUACGUGAAAGCUAAAAUGGAAUACGAAAAUCUAGAGCAACUUGAGCGAAUCGAGGUAACCGAGCUUCGAUAUCGAUGGCUAAUCUACAGAAUUCUUUCCUUCUCACCGCUUAAACUGAUGCCCAUCAGUUUUCCGCUGACGCCAUCGUCCGGAAGAUUCUGGAAUACGGGAACGCCGUUCUCGCGAAAACAUGAAAACGGCAUCUCUUGA